GUAUCAUCAUCAUCAUCCCAUGGACUGACUUGUUUGUUGUCGAGCAAGAUGGAGUUCCUUUUGGGAAAUCCUUACAGUACCCCAGUGGGGCACUGCAUUGAGAGAGCCACUGAUGGCUCCCUGCAAAGUGAAGACUGGACCCUCAACAUGGAAAUAUGUGACAUCAUCAAUGAAACAGAGGAUGGGCCAAAAGAUGCCAUUAGAGCGGUGAAGAAGAGGCUGAAUGGCAACAGGAACUAUAGAGAAGUCAUGUUGGCUCUAACGGUGCUGGAGACGUGUGUGAAGAACUGCGGCCAUCGUUUUCACGCGUUAGUCACUAGCAGGGACUUUGUUGAUGGCGUGCUUGUUAAAAUCAUCUCCCCUAAAAACAACCCACCUACAAUCGUUCAAGAUAAAGUACUCGCCCUCAUUCAGGCAUGGGCUGAUGCAUUCAGGAGCAGUCCAGACCUCACAGGGGUGGUCCAAAUCUAUGAGGAGCUAAAGAGGAAAGGCAUCGAGUUCCCCAUGUCAGACCUAGAGACCCUGUCGCCUAUACACACACCUCAGCGGUCUGCAUCUGCUCCAGAGGGUGACUCCACCCUGAACAAAUACAGCACCACUACUCAGCCCACACCUCCGACUGUCCCACCACCCUACACUAACCCUCAGGUCCCCAAUAUUCAUGCCUCUGGAUCUAUCAAUCCUACACCUGAACAGAUUUGCAGACUGCGCAGCGAGUUGGACAUUGUUCGUGGGAACACUAAGGUGAUGUCAGAGAUGUUGACUGAGAUGGUCCCAGGACAGGAGGACGCUUCAGACUAUGAGUUACUACAGGAGCUGAACAGGACUUGCAGAGCCAUGCAGCAGAGAAUAGUGGAGCUCAUCUCCUGUGUUUCCAAUGAAGCCGUGACCGAGGAGCUACUGCAUGUCAACGACGACCUCAACAACAUUUUCUUACGCUACGAAAGGUAUGAGAGAUUUAGGUCUGGGAGGUCUUCAGCUCAGAGUGUCAACAAUGGGGUCCUGAGUGAGGCCACAGAGGACAACCUGAUAGACCUCGGGCCGGGCUCCCCGGCCGUGGUCAGUAACAUGCCCAACGCUGCCCCGACCAGCCUGCCCCCCACCAUCACAGCCCCUGCAGGAAGGCCCUCCUCCCCAGCCACCUUAGCCUCUCGCCUGGCCGGUCUUGACAUGGGUGCAGACAGUGUGAGCAGUACUCUGAGCUCUCUGUCCAGCUGUAAGCCUCCUCCUGCUCAGGACGACUUUGAUGUGUUCGCUCAAACCAGGACUGGAGCUGCGUCUGAACCGCACAAGAUUGCUACAGCAGAAGACACAGCCACCGGCGGCCUUCCUCCCACCCUGGACGUCCUACAGCCAACGGCAGGAGUGGGUGUCGGCGGCCAGUCCUCUGUCAUGGAUGACAUAGAGGAGUGGCUGUGUACUGAUGUGAAAGGAGAUGAAGGUGAGGAGGGCGUGACGAGUGAAGAGUUCGACAAGUUCCUCGAGGAGAGAGCCAAAGCUGCAGAGAUGACGCCCAGCCUACCGUCGCCCCCCAGUGGUGACCCUGGUGCAGCGCAGGAAACCCCCAGCCGCAAGAAACCAGACAGGCCAGGGGACACUUUGUUUGCCAUGUAGACCUUUCACCUUUAACCCUUGAUUCCCCCCAGCCUAAGACCCGACCAGCCGAGCAGCAUCACCUGAAGACAGACUGACCUGACACUAAAACACACCCAGCUCCGUUUUGAGUCACCACAACACAGUUUAGCUACACUACAGAGAUUUGUACAUGCUAUCCUUGUAUAAAAAAAGGGAAUUAUUCAUACCCUCGGUUCAUUUCUCAUUAGUAUAAGUUAAGCCAAAUAGAUGUCCUAUUUUGAUACGACAUCAGACGAUGGAUCUCACCCACACGAUGACCAGUGUCAGAGGCAAUGAGGCAGCCUGCUUAUUCCUUCUUCUUUAUGUGUGAAGAAUCUCCCUCCGCCUGCUGCGGACUGCAGAGCUUCAUGUUGCAGCUAAUCCUGAUGAUAAGAUGUUUUAUAAAAAUAAAAAUAAAAAAAGAGUCCUGGUCAUUAGUAGGAAAUCCAUUUCCUAUCCAAGCCCUCAAAGCAUGCAUUAAGUCAGACCAGACCUGAUCAUUUAAGUUUUUUAUUAUUAUUAUUAUUAGAAACCCCCCCCGACUGAAACGUUAUGGUUAUUAUUAACAGAAUUGCUCUUUAAAGGCAGAAACACUGAGCAUACCUACAUGGAUAUCGUUUUGGUGUUUGUAUCAGUCCCUUUGCAAGUCAGUCUGAGUUGAAUUGUAAAUCUGUAAAUGGCAAAUGUCAAGUUUAUUAGUUGUGUGUAUAUUUAAGCUACAGUAUGUAUGAAAGAGAUGUUGAUUUAAUGUAGAUUUCUGAAAAAGGAUUUAUGUUUGCAGCUGCUCUGACAAUAGGGAUGUACCUCACCGGGGUCAGCUUUUCCACAAGAAAAGGGAAUAGUAAACCUGUGAUCAUUUACUAAAUCUAAACCAGAAAGAUGGAGAAGGGAACUUAGAUUUUGUGAUUGGCAUAAUUGCGCACAAAAUGUCUUCUUCAGACCUUCCUCUGAAUCUGUCCUCUCAUGUUGUAGAUUUCUGUUUUACAAAUUUAACCGCAGUCGUUUGGUGAUGUGUUGAGAUUAUUUUGCCGAGGUUUUAUGAGGCUGAAGCUGCUGAACAAGACGGUCUAAUUAUUCUUGUUUGUGUAAUCAUCCGUGUGCUGAAGACGCAUACAAAGAUAUUUUUGUGUCAUUGAUUGCUUUGGAAGAGGGAGUGGUGAUGUUAUUUUAAACAGAAUCUCAGUCAGAGUUACUGGUAACUGAAGAGUCACAUGCUGUCAUUGGUGUGUUUUACUCAUUGACUGGAGAUUUUAACUCCUCCUUGAGUAAAUGAUACGGUAUGUUUUCUGUUCUAAAAUUGAGUUUAAAGGACCAAACUUGUGCUUUCCUCUGGAUACGGAGGGAAAAUUUUGGAUAACUGUGUCAUUCGUACGUAGCCCGAUUCCGUCUUUAACCCAGAAGUUCACAGCUUUUACGUCCAAGGAUAUUGUGAGGACUCUGUAGCACACUACAAAAGCUGUUUGCACAUUAUUAUUAUUUUUUUUUUUUGUGCAUUUCUCCUUGAUUUCUUUUCGCUGACGUCUUAAAAGGCCUGACCUUUCAGCGUGACAUUUGUUUUCAGAAAUGAGCUCGCCGCAGACACAGCGCUACAAAUGAGACAUUUUACACUUUUGACAGUAAUACAUGCAACAUGUUACACAAUCACAACAAGCUUAAAACAAGUGUGCGCUUUGACACUCGCGUUACCUUUCAACUUGUACUGUAAAUCAGCUAACACUUAACCAGAUGUAAGUAAUGAGAAAUGUUUGGAAAUAUUUGAGCAGAGGUGUAGAAGUAAUUUAUUCAGCACUAUUGUUUUUUUCUUCUUCUUCAGAUCAGUAUUUUAAAUCAUUUUUAUUGCAGAAAAGGAAAAUGGGACAUGAGCUGAAAUGUUUUGGGAGAUUUUGAGACAUUGUCAGUGUUUUAGUGUUUUUGCUGAUGGAGUUCAGAUUUUCUGUUUUAUACUUAGCUGCUGGCUAAUGGAUCCUCUUUGUCAUGUUUAUUGGUUUCAUGGGUAUUUUUGUUGGUUGAAUGUCUCCAUAUAGUAAACAUAUGGUUUAUAAGAGCAGAUCACUGAUUUGUAGCUGUAAGAGAAUCACACCAGUUGUUCCCCCUUUAUCUCAUGAAGGAUACAUAUUGUUAAUCAAGUCACUCACUCAUGAUUUUAUGGGCUGACUAGCAGAUGACAAAACAGACAUAUUAACUUCUGACGCUUUUGACGAAGCAACAACAUUGCACAUUUUGAAAGGGAGACUUCCCUCCUCCUUCUGUUUCCUUAUUUUAGUGUUAAACGUGUGUGUGUGUGUGUGUGUGUGUGUCAGCUGUUCUGCAAUGCAGAAAUGGCUUAUCUCAGUUGAAAAAAAAAAAACAAAAAAAGAAGAAGCCUCCAAAUGCGUGUUUAAAGAAUCCAUGUUGUCACAGUCCUGUUUGGUACCGCCCUGGUUCAUUUCAGUGUGAGCUCUGAUCUGUAACUGAAUCUCAGCGUACUGAUAACUUUGCCGGAGUCACCUCAGACCUGUUUUGCAGAGGAACAAUACGUUUCUUUUUAUGUCACUGGAUAAUAUGAAAAGAGAUGCUGAUAAGGGAGGCUGUGCUGUGUGACUGCUACUUUUCUGAGUUGCCUCAUCUCUCAUUUCUCUUUGUGUUGUUUGACUUAUGCAUGAACUCUAAUAAAACAUUAGCAGCGUG